AUGGACAGAAAAGCGAAUUUGAAUAAACGACCAAUGGACAGGUCAAACCAGAAUUUCGAUGCCCUCAUCAAGACCGUUCAAAGUUGUGGUGUCUCAUUUGACGUAUGGGAGAAAGUUGAAGAGGGCGGUCGAGGUGGCGUCUAUGACUUCACAAGCCUUAUGGGGUCAGACAAGCGUCUGCUCCUUAAGGAGUUGCCAAGCAAGCUAUCUAGCAUACUUCCAGACAACAACAACAACAAUAACUUUAUUACACCUUUUUUAACAUUAAUUAUUUACAAAAUGGAAAGUAUCAAAAUAUCAAAACAAUAUAUAAGUUGAUGUGCCACAUAUGGUAUAUAUAUAUAUACUAUGUUUAAGGUGUCUAGAAGCUAAAUAAACUGAAGUUUUCUAGUUAGCUCCCAGCUAUAUAAAGAUAUAUACUGAUUUAAUAUAAGUACAAAUAGUACAAGUGGGACAAUUGUUAGACUCUGGCAGGUAGUGAUUAGGACAAUCACAUUGGCAAUGUUUUGCUAUGUAUAUAUUAAUAUUGUUUUGAUUAAAAUAUAUUUGACAUGAUCUAUUUUUCUAGGAAUUUAAUGAAAUUUGUCAACUUUUGGGUGUUGUGUCCCCAACAGAAGAACAAAUAAUGAAUUACUUGACAAGGUAAGUUUUGCUUAAAACUGAAAAAAAAAUAAUUCAAUACUGCAGCAAUAAAGAGUACCAUACAAUAUUUAUCAUUUUAGGCUGUGAAUUGGGUGAAGUUAUUCCUCUUGCUCAAUGGCAAGAACUUGGAGUACGAGCCAGCAAGGAUCACUCCAUAUAUGCAUGCCAUGGUUUACCAUGUACCACGUUUCAUGCAAAUGCAUCAUGGGGUAAAGAAAUUUACUGGUCAAGGUAUUGUACUUUAUUGUUGUAACUUGUGUAUAUUAUGCGUUCAAUCAUUUUACAUUAAGUGUUUUUAUUAUUUUGCUAUCAUAGGAGUCGAAAAACUUAAUGACGAUUGCAGACGAGUCCAUUUGCAAAGGUCCAAGAAAUGGGAUGCCCACACAGAUGUAUUUCUUGUUGGAAAACGGGUCGAGCACUUGUCCAACUGUGAACGUAUAACGAGGCCCUACUUGAAAAGGAACAAGAACUACUGGGAAAGUGCGAUAAAGGAAAGCCGUUCAAAGCGAAUUUGUGUGUCCGCACAAAUUAAUGAGGAAACAGAGGUUGACAUAAACUUGUUGACCGCAAAUGAAAUCAAACACAAACUUAAAGAUUUAGGUGUCUUGACAAAACUAAGGAGCUUGGAGAAAUUGAAAAAGCUCCUUAGAGAGAGCUUAACAAAUAAGGAAAACAACAACAUUUAG